AUGCCUGGCAAAACGAUGAGGGCUUUCCGCCUGGUGGAAUACGGUAAACCCGGGCAGUACUGUGAAGUGCCGAUUCCCUCACCUAAAGAGGGAGAAGUACUCAUCCGGAUGAAAGCCGCGGGCCUCUGUCGGUCAGACCUCGACAUGGUCGACUCGUUACCGGGCUCAGAUCCAUAUGCGUCAGCUGUCGAUGCUCCCUACACGUUGGGGCAUGAGAACGCCGGGGUAAUUGAGGUGCUGGGAGAGGGUGUGACCGACUUGAAGGUGGGCGAGGGGGUCGCCGUCCGCCACAUGCCGCACUGCUCGCACUGCGAAUUUUGCAUCCGGGGCGUCGAGCAACACUGCCAAACAUACAAGCGUGGAGCGAUUGAGAUAACCCGGGGCGCUGGCUUCGACGGCGGUCUGGCAGAGUUUAUGAUCUGCCCCCGCGACCAGCUCGUGAGCAUUGGUGACGAGGAUCCCGUCAAGUACGCGCCACUGACCGACGCCGGGGUGACGGCAUACCACGCUGUGGGGACGAUCAAGGAACGUCUGCGCCCAGGAUCAUCGGCGCUGGUCAUCGGGUGUGGAGGACUGGGAUCGUACGCACUCCAGUUUCUUCUGCUGUUAAUGGGGGUCAAGGUGUACGGGGUCGAUGCCAACGAGAGCCGCAUCCAGAUUGCUCGAGAUCUGGGAGCCAAACGUGUGUUCAAGGCUGGGCCGCAUGCCACCCAGGAAAUUCUGGAUGAAACGGGCGGCAAGGGAAUCGACGCUAUUCUCGACUUUGUGGGAAAUAACUCGACGUUGAAGAUGUCCAUGGAACUGUCCAGGCCACAGGGUCGAGUGGUGCUGGUGGGCAUGGACAUGGGCUCGGUCGAGGUUGGGUGGAACAAGAUCGCCACGAGCUGCGAGUUUGCAAUCGGCUUAGGAUCGACACGCAGAGAUCUGGAGGAGGUGUGCUAUCUUGCUUCGAUCGGCAAGCUCAGGAUCGACGUCGACCGCUUCUCAUUCGACAAGAUUCCGGAGGCGUACCAGGCACUGCGAGAUGGGAGACUGAUUGGUCGAGCUGUCAUCACGUUUGACUAG